AGGUAUACUAGGUAUAUACUAAAGUCCUAAGUAAAUUACGUCAGCUGUUAUCGUUAGCAGUAUCAGUUAUUGUCAAAGGCUGGGAUUGCUGAGAAUACCGGCGUAAUAUGCGCUUGAAAUUUGAAGAAUAAAAUUGUUAAAUAUAUAAUUAUCAUAAACCAUGACAAAAAUGGAAGUGUUAAAAACAGAACAAGAUCCUGAUGAUAGUAUAGUAGCUCGUGACUACCAAGUGGAGUUAUUCAAAAAAACCCUUACCGGCAACAGAAUUAUUUUUCUGCCUACCGGUUCAGGAAAAACUUACAUCGCAGUAAUGCUGAUUAAAAGCUUGAGUGAUAAGGUGAGAAUACCAUUCGAUGAAGGUGGCAAGCGGACGUUUUUCAUCGUCAACACAGUGGCUCUUGUUACUCAGCAAUGCGCUUACGUUGCGCGAAACACCGAUUUGAAGUGCGGGGGGUACUCCGGUGACAUGGACGUUGACUCUUGGGAAGAGGAUAUGUGGCAUGAAGAAUUUCGAAAUAAUCAGGUACUGGUGAUGACUGCCCAGAUUUGUCUGAACCUACUGGACCACGGGUUGAUAAAGCUCUCGCAAAUAAACCUGCUGAUCCUUGAUGAAUGUCACCACGCGACAAAAAGCCACCCGAUGCACGAGAUAAUGAAAAAAUUUGAAGGCUACAAGGAGCACGAGCAGCCGCGAGUCUUGGGGAUGACUGCGACGCUGCUGAAUUCAAACAUCAAGCCGGAGUCAAUUGACAAAGUGAUCCACGAGCUGGAGAUCACGAUGCACGCGACCAUAGUCACCGUGAGCUCAAUCGAGUCCGUCGAAAAAUACGGCAAGCCCAAGGAGAUAUUUUUAAACUACACCGAAGCGCCUCCUUGCGACAUCACCAAAGACCUGGUGUCCAUUUUGACUUACGCGAAGCAGAUCCUCACCCAAACUCAGUUCCAGAAGAACCUGGGCACUGUCAACAAAUCCAGCAAGGUCUUCCUGCCGAAAUCUAAAGACGAGAGGCUCAAGAACCUCCUGGAUGAUAUCCAGAUCCAUUUUCAGACCCAGGGGCUCUACUUUGGCAAUUUUUCUAUUUUGUAUUACUUGAAGAAGAUUGAAGAUAUCAAGCGACUCACCGACGAUCCCCAGUCCCUGGUCAUCCUCGACUUCAUCAAGACUCAGAUGGUCAUCAUGCGAUGCAUCAUCAGCUCCACCAUGGAGCAGCCGACCGAGCUUGGGAAUAUCAGAAAACACUCCAGUGAUAAGUUGCUCAAGUUGUUUGAGUAUUUGCAUCAAUUCUCGGUCAAUAAUGGGGAGAAAAAAUUAUGCGCGAUUAUCUUUGUCCAGAGGAGGUUCACUGCUAAGGUCAUGUACAAGGUGCUGCAGAAGCUUCAUGAGUCUGAUCCAAGGUUCAAGUUCCUGGUACCAGAUUACAUUCUCGGGAACAGCGCAGACUCUUACAAAACCCCAAGCGAGAGCGUUUGCUCGAACGAAUGGAACCGUAAGGCGCUAAAACGGUUCCGUGACGGCGAAGUGAACUGCCUAGUAGCGACAGACGUUUUAGACGAAGGCGUGGACAUUCCACUGUGCAACUUGAUAGUCUGCUACGACCCUCCACAAAACUACCGCGCCUACAUGCAGAGCAAAGGCCGAGGUCGUUACAAGCACAGCAAGUUCGUGGUGCUGGUCGAAUCUCAAGACAAUUCGUACCUAGCAAAGUACAACCUGUUCCAGCAGAUUGAGCGAACUCUCCGGAACUCACUGGUCGGUAAAACAGAGCAACGCCCUCAACCGACUCUGGACGAGUUGGAGAGCCUUUACAAGAAUGAGAUCGAGCCUUACACAGUUACAGACGUCAAUGGCGUCGAAGCGACAGUAACUGCUAGUGCAGCAAUCAGUCUCUUGGAACAUUACUGCGGAACUCUGGUGCGAAAGACAAAAUUCUCCAACAAGUCUCCAAUUUACAAGCUUAUUAAAAAAAGAGCAAGAUCUCCGCUCAAUCCUGCUUUGGAAAUUGAAGUCUUCAGUGUAUCCGUGAGGAUGCCUAUAAAUUGCCCGCUAAGGGAAGAAAUUGUAGGCAGGACGAUGGAUGACAUCAGCAGCGCGAAACAAGCAGUGGCACUGGAGGUCUGCAAGAGGCUGCACCAAAUGGGGGAGCUGACUGACCGGCUGCUGCCCAAAGACACCAAAGAGAUCGUUGGAGAUAUUACUGAUCUGCUACCAUGCUGGAGACACGAGGAUCCGGAGAACAAGAAGGUCGUCGGAACCAAGAACUCCAAGAGGUUUUACAGCUAUGCUGACCCAGUUGCGUUUCAUAAAUGCUUCCCGGUGAUUGGUCAGGAGAAUUACUUGCACUUGAUCAAGCUUCAGAUGCUACCGCUGCCGAACAAUCAGAUAUUCUGCAAGAUGAUAAACAACCCAUCAAACUUCGCUCUAUUAACAUCCCGCCCGAUAAAACAGAUCCCUAAUUUCCCGAUCUACAUGACCUACGGCCAAGUGAACGUCUCGAUCUCCGCGAACUUCAAGCGCUUCGCCUGUUCCGCAGCAGAACUGGAACUUCUGCGAAAGUUCCACUGGAUCGUCUUCAAAGACAUCCUGGAACUGGUCAGGAACUUCAUGGUUCUGCAGAACACAGACUCUGACCCAAUAAAUCCAGCAGAUAACUACCUAGUAGUUCCUCUGAACGCCGACAAUGAAGUAGACUGGAACGUUGCGCAGAACUACGACAAGGUUGAGUUGAAGCCCAUCGAAAUGGACGCGAACAACAGCCCAGACGUCCAGAAACUCGACCUGGUGAUCCCCAGAUAUCGUACUACCGAAAAAGCGUACAUUGUUCUUCAAGUUCGCGACGAUAUGAGUCCUAAAAGCUUCUUCGCGAACAAUAAAUUCGAGUCUUACAUCGAUUUUUAUUUAGAAAAGUACAAUGUCCAGAUCGAGAACGUCAACCAGCGGCUUUUGGAGGUUAGAACCAUUUCCAAGGACAUUAAUUUUAUAAAACCGAGGGUCUACAGCAUGUCUGCGGAACCUAGCACCAAAAAGUACCAGAGAAUUAUUCAUCUUAUUCCGGAACUGUGUGCGAAGGUUAAUUUCUCGUCUGUUUAUUGGCUAAAAGCGCGUUGCUUGCCGUCAAUUCUGCAUCGCGUGAGGUACAUGAGUCUUGCGGAGGACUUCAGGGCCCAGGUGGCGCGCGAAGCCAAAAUUGGAACAGAGGAAACUGUAUUGUCAGCUGGGGAUAAGCAGUUCUUUGAUCUACUUGCAAGUAGUCCACAAGUUAGCGAAGAGGAGGAUAUUGUUAACAAAAUGGACGAACUAAUGCCGCUUGAGAGCUAUGAUGACCUGGAACCGGUCACUCACAUGCGCGAACCGGUUGAUCUGGAACGACACAUUGAAAAUAUUUCUGUGAUGGAUAUUACUGAUUUUCAGGAUUAUACACUUGGAAUUUCAGUAAAGGCAAAUUUCGUAAGAAAACUCGCGUACGUUGCAGAAUUUUCAAAGCGCGCUGAUGUAAAAGCGCCCCCUCUUAGAGUUCUGCAAGCUUCAAGCCUCAACACGCCGCCGAACGCCUCCGAGAUUUUGUGCGCACUAACCCCGAAAUUCGCAAACGAUGCUUUUAAUUUUGAACGUCUUGAGACUUUAGGAGACUCGUUCCUCAAGUUCCUGAGCUCGAUAUUCCUGUUCGAGAAGUUCCCCCAUAAAACUGAAGGGUACUUGACUACUUACAAGGGCUCUAUGGUCAGCAAUCGCCAUUUGUUUUAUUGUGGGGAGAACAAGAAGCUUCCGUCGUUUAUCAACGCUCUUGAUUUUGUUCCGACGAUUAAUUUCGCUAUUCCUGCAUGUGCGCCUCCUACUGAGGUCCUCGAUUUCAUCCGCGACAACGGACGAACCCCCGACGUCUUGUACGAAGUGAACAUUCCGUUCCAGGAACAAUUCUGCGGUGCAAUUUCGGAAGCCUCCCGCCUGGAAAUCUUCCGCAAAAUAACUUCCUACGAACCAGGCGAGCGAGACGACCUCGCGUAUCUGUUCCACGGCCAGACAGUUCCCGAUAAGUCAGUAGCGGAUUGCGUGGAAGCCUUAACAGGGAUCUACCUGCUAAAAUCUGGUCCAGUAGCGGCCGCCAGAUUGCUCCAGUGGUUCGGAGUGGUUCCGCCAGAGGUCUCUAUAGACCAAGUACUCUUCGGAGCGCCACCUAGCGCCAAGAUCGGUGACGGGGAAGUGGACCACCACAUGCCUUGGCGGAGUUCCAUCGAGAAACGGAUCGGCUACACAUUCAAGGACAGGUCCUUUUUAUUGCAGGCCUUCACCCAAGCCAGCUACACUGUCAACACAGCGACAGUCAGCUAUGAUAGGUUAGAGUUCCUUGGAGACGCCAUCAUUGAUACAUUGAUCACCAGUUACAUUUAUGAGAACUGCGGGGACUUGAGUCCCGGAGACUUGACCGAUCUGAGGUCCGCGUUGGUCAACAACAUAACCUUCGCGUGUUUGACAGUCAAGUAUGGACUCCAUACUGCGAUGCUAGCGUAUGCGCCGAGCUUGGCGGAAAGUAUCGAGCGGUUCCUCAAGUAUCAGCAGGAACGGGACUACCAGGUUGAUGACGAACUGCUCUGGGUGCUCAUGCAAGAGGACGAGUGCUACAUGGCAGAGUAUGUUGAUGUUCCAAAGGCACUUGGCGACCUCUUUGAGUCGGUCAUUGGAGCUGUUUUUUUGGACAGUGGAAAGGACUACCAGCGCACUUGGCAGGUACUCUACAGUCUGAUGAACGCCGAGAUUGACAAGUUCAGCAAGAAAGUCCCCAAGCAGCCGGUAAGGAAGAUCUACGAAACUUCCGGCAUCAAACCUCACUUUUUACAGUCAACAGUAGUGGAACAAGCCAAGUGCGUAAUGGUUCCUCUAGAAAUAGAACGGAACGGAAAAAAAGAAGUCUUCACCGGGUUCGGGGCGACUAAGAAGCAAGCUAAGGCCGCGGCUGCCAAGCUCGCGCUCAGGAACAUUUUGAAGAAGAACGUGGACUUGUAGAUUAAGUUCUAGUUCCUGGUACUAUUCCAAUUCUGGUUCCUAGUACUGUAUCAGUUUUGGUUCCUACAACUUUCAGUUCUAGUUCCUGGAACUGUUCCAAUUCUAGUUCCUAGUACUGUUCCAGUUCUGAUUCCUGGAACUGUUCCGGUUUUAGUGCCUAAUACUGUUCCCGUUCUGGUUCUUGGGAUUGUUUCAAUUCUAGUUCCUGGUACUGUUCCAGUUCUGGUUCCUGGAACUGUCCCAAUUAUGGUUCCUAACACGGUUCCAGUUCCUGGUGCCGUUCUUGGAACUGUUCCAGUUCCUGGUACAGUUCUUGAAACUGUUCCUGUUCCAAAGUAUUUUAUAGAUGUUGAAAGUGAUAAGUUUUUAUUAGAUUUUAUUAUUCUUUUUAAUAUAUAAAUAUAUAUUUCUGUAUUUUUUUAUUGUGGAGUUGAAUACAAAUUCAAUUUAUAUUGUAUCGUUUGAAAUUAUAGAUUAAUAAAAGUGUGGUUUUGGCCGUCGUGGACAA